AUGUGGCGCGGGGCGACGCGGAGGAGGCACUACCUGCUGGGCAGAGGAGGUGGUGGUGGAGGAGGAGGAGGAGGAUGGCACAAGGGUCUGGGGUCGGGUUCGGGUUUGGGCUCGGGGUCGGCAGGUGAGCAGCAGCAGCAUCAGCAGCAGGGAGUGGACUGGCUGUACGAGUCCUACUACCGGAUGAGUCAGCAGCAUCCUCUCAUCGUCUUCCUGCUGCUCAUCGUGAUGGGAGCUUGCCUGGCGUUGCUGGCCGUCUUCUUUGCAUCGGGACUGGACAUCAAGGACCAUGUGGCGUUUGUGAUCACCGUCACCACGGCGCUGGCUGUGUUCCUCAGCGUGUUCGUGCUGGUGUGCAUCGAGGCCGUGUUCAAGAAGCUGCUGCGCCUCUUCUCCCUGCUGGUGUGGGCCUGCCUCCUGGCCAUGGGAUACCUCUUCAUGUUCUUUGGAGGGAUCAUCUGCCCCUGGGACCAGGUCUCCUUUUUCCUGUUCAUCAUCUUCGUGGUGUACACCAUGCUGCCCUUCUCCAUGCGAGAUGCCAUCAUCGCCAGCGUGCUCACCGCCUCCUCUCACACCAUCGUGCUCAGCCUCUGCCUCUCUAGCGGCAGCGAGAGACUGGAUCCUCUGCUGUGGCAGAUCCUGGCCAACGUCAUCAUCUUCAUCUGUGGUAACCUGGCUGGGGCCUACCAUAAGCACCUGAUGGAGCUGGCCCUCAAGCAGACCUACCAGGACACCUGCAACUGCAUCAAGUCCCCCAUCAAGCUGGAGUUUGAGAAGCACCAACAGGAGCGCUUGCUCCUGUCCCUGCUGCCGGCCCACAUCGCCCGGGUGAUGAAGGCGGAGAUCAUCCAGAGGCUGCAGGGCCCCAACUUCGGCCAGGUGGAGAACACCAACAACUUCCACAACCUGUACGUGCAGCGGCACAUCAACGUCAGUAUCCUCUAUGCUGACAUCGUGGGCUUCACGCGGCUGGCCACUGACUGCUCCCCUGGCGAGCUGGUGCACAUGCUCAAUGAACUCUUCGGGAAGUUUGACCAGAUUGCCAAGGAGAAUGACUGCAUGAGGAUUAAAAUCCUGGGGGACUGUUAUUACUGUGUGUCUGGGCUGCCAGAGUCACUGCCCGACCACGCCAAGAACUGUGUAAAGAUGGGACUGGACAUGUGUGAAGCCAUCAAAAAGGUGAGGGAUGCCACAGGGGUGGACAUCAACAUGCGCGUGGGGGUCCACUCAGGAAAUGUCCUCUGUGGGGUGAUUGGCCUGCAAAAGUGGCAGUAUGAUGUCUGGUCACAUGAUGUGACAUUAGCCAAUCACAUGGAGGCUGGGGGAGUGCCUGGGCGUGUCCACAUCACCUCGGUGACCCUAGAGCACCUGAACGGCGCGUACAAGGUGGAGCCAGGAGAUGGGCAGGAGAGAGACCCAUACCUGAAGGAGCACGGCGUUGUCACCUAUCUCGUCAUCAACCCCAAGGUAGAGAAACGGAGCCCUCAUUUCAACUUCAGGCACCGGCCCACACUGGAAGGGGGCGUGCGGGGGAUGCGUGCGUCGGUCCGCAUGACGCGCUACCUGGAGUCCUGGGGCGCUGCCAAGCCCUUCGCCAACCUGCACCACCGUGACAGCAUGACCAACGAGAAUGGCAAGAUCAACACGGCCGAUGUGCCACUGGGACAGUACCAGUUUCGCAGGAGAAGAGAGAGAACAAAGUCUCAGAAGAGGCGGUUUGAAGAGGAGUUCAACGAGCGAAUGAUUCGCACAUUUGAUGGAAUCAAUUCACAGAAUAGGCAGUGGCUGAAAUCUGAGGACAUUCAGCGCAUAUCUUUAUUUUUCCACAAUAAAGCACUGGAGAAAGAGUACCGAGCCACCACUCUGCCUGCGUUCAAGUACUACGUGACCUGUGCCUGCUUGAUAUUCUUCUGCAUCUUCAUUGUCCAGAUCCUGGUCUUGCCAAAGACUGCGCCUCUUGGGGUGUCGUUUGGCAUGGCCUUCCUGCUUCUCUCAUUCAUUCUGGUCAUCUGUUUCACGGGCCAUUUCACGCAUUGCAGUAAGACCUCCUCAUCCUCUUGGCUCUGGCUGCUGCGCUGGUCCGGAGUGAUCGCCAACAAGCCCUGGCCGAGAAUCACCCUCACCAUGGCAACCACCACCCUCAUCCUGGUCAUGGCCGUCUUCAACAUGUUCUUUGUGGAUGAGGAUCUGGCAACACCCGUGCCUGUUUACAAUAUCUCCAACGAGACUAACUUCUACCCAGAUGGGAUCCCAGUGCCUUUCAUAGAGAGGAAUAACUUCUACCUUCCAUACUUUAUCUACAGCUGCAUCCUGGGCCUGAUCUCCUGUUCAGUAUUCCUACGUAUCAACUAUGAGCUGAAGAUGCUGGUGAUGCUGACCGCGGUCAUCGCCUACAACAUCAUCAUCCUGCACACCCACGGCACCCUGCUGGACGAAUACAGCAGGUUUCUCUACCAGACAGAGGAACAGGACAGGCCUGGUGUCCUGAAGGACCUGAAGACAAUGGGCUCUGUGUCUCUCUUCAUAUUCUUUGUCACGCUGCUUGUGCUGGCAAGACAGAAUGAAUAUUACUGUAGGUUGGACUUCCUGUGGAAGAACAAGUUCAAGAAGGAGUGCGAGGAGAUCGAGACCAUGGAGAACCUCAACAAGGUGCUGCUGGAGAACGUGCUGCCGGCCCACGUGGCGGAACACUUCCUGGCGCGGAACUGGAAGAAUGAGGACCUAUACCACCAGUCUUAUGACUGGGUGUGUGUGAUGUUUGCCUCCAUCCCGGACUUCAAAGAGUUCUACACGGAGUCGGAUGUGAACAAAGAGGGCUUGGAGUGCCUUCGGCUUCUGAAUGAAAUCAUUGCAGAUUUUGACGAGCUGCUCUCCAAGCCAAAGUUCAGCGGCGUCGAGAAGAUCAAGACCAUCGGCAGCACUUACAUGGCAGCUACAGGCCUCAAUGCAUCGCCAGGGGCAGAGUGCACACAGGAGCAUGACAGGCAGUACAUCCACAUCGGGACCAUGGUGGAGUUUGCCUUCGCCCUAGUGAGCAAGCUGGACGUCAUCAACAAGCAUUCCUUUAAUGACUUCAAACUGCGCAUCGGUAUCAACCACGGGCCGGUGAUUGCUGGUGUGAUUGGGGCCCAGAAGCCUCAGUAUGACAUCUGGGGAAACACAGUGAAUGUAGCCAGCAGAAUGGACAGCACGGGCAUCUUGGGGAAAAUACAGGUGACGGAGGAGACGAAUGCAGUGCUGGCAGCCCUAGGCUACUCCUGCUCCUGUCGAGGCAUCAUCAGCGUCAAGGGCAAAGGCGAGCUCACGACCUACUUUGUUCACGCCGAGAUGAACCGCUCUCUGUCACAGGGGAAUGUAGUGACAUGAGGUCAUGUUGGUGGACGGCGAGUCACAGACACUGACGUGAGACUUGCAUCGGACAACUGCACCCACAGACUGAGACUCGUAUCGGACAAUUACAUACGGUAGCCACAGAGAGAGACUCGUGUCAGACAUCCAAUCACACAGUGCACAGCAAGACAGAUGCGGGCCAUCCAAUCAGCAAACUCCAUCGCAUCUCCCAAUCAGCCACGAGCAUCAGGCACAAUGUAGCCAACUCUACACAAGCAGCAGACUGAAGGUAGUCACUCAUCAAAUGCAAUUCAGAUCAUGACAACUGGAUCACAGAAACACUCAAUGGGCACAGGACUACUGUAAUCAUGAAAUAAUAAAAAAGAAGAAGAAAAAAAAAACGACCGACAUCAUCCAAUCAGAGACGAUUCUGUACAUAGCUCCGCCUUCUCUUAAGAUGCACGGAAUGUUGGAUGUAUUUACAAACUUGAAACCAAUCUCAUGGCAUUUCUUCGGUAGGAAUGUUCUUACAGGGUCAGUAUCAUUGGAUGUACAGUACGGUAGCAUAAUGUUUUUUUUGUAUGAGAGCCAAAUUUGACAAAGAAAUCAUUUGAUGUUUUACCACCAUUGUCAUUGUCCUUUUUCCUUUUGUUUUAUUUUUUUAUUUUGUA